GUGCAGGCGGCAUUGCGCAUGCUCUGUCCAAGUCCAGUUCGGUGUCUGUUGCGGGAUCUGCUGCGUCUUCUAGCGCGACCUGAACUGUCCGUCAAGGUGCUGGACUCAGUUUGGGCGACCUUGUCGUCAUCUCUGAGUUUUCCCUUCCCUCAUUCCCUUUUCACCCCUUCGACUCGUCUGCCCUUUUUCCUGAAACGGCCAUCAUGAGCGGGAGGCUGUCGUCCCCACCUCGGUGGCCGUGGUUGUUGCUCCUAUCACUACUCCUGCUGGGGUCAACCCCGGGCCCGCGUCUGGGCGCGGCUUUCUAUUUGCCCGGCCUGGCUCCGGUCAACUUCUGCGAAGAAGAAAAGAGGAGCGACGAAUGCAAGGCUGAAAUAGAGCUCUUCGUGAACAGGCUUGACUCAGUGGAAUCAGUUCUUCCUUAUGAAUAUACAGCGUUUGACUUUUGCCAAGCAUCUGAAGGAAAACGUCCAUCCGAAAAUCUUGGUCAGGUACUAUUUGGGGAAAGAAUUGAACCUUCACCAUAUAAGUUUACAUUUAAUAAGAAGGAGACCUGUAAACUUGUUUGUACAAAAGUAUACCAUACAGAGAAAGCUGAAGAUAAACAAAAGUUAGAAUUCUUGAAAAAAAGCAUGCUAUUGAAUUAUCAACAUCACUGGAUUGUGGAUAAUAUGCCUGUAACAUGGUGUUAUGAUGUUGAAGACAGUCAGAGGUUCUGUAAUCCUGGAUUUCCUAUCGGCUGUUACAUUACAGAUAAAGGCCGUGCUAAAGAUGCCUGUGUUAUCAGUUCAGAAUUCCAUGAAAGAGAUACAUUUUACAUCUUCAACCAUGUUGACAUCAAAAUAUACUACCAUGUUGUUGAAACAGGGUCCAUGGGAGCAAGAUUAGUGGCUGCUAAACUUGAACCUAAAAGUUUCAAACAUACCCAUACAGAUAAACCAGACUGCUCUGGACCCCCCAUGGAUAUAAGUAACCAGGCUUCUGGGGAGAUUAAAAUUGCCUAUACUUAUUCUGUUAGCUUUGAGGAAGAUAAAAAUAUCAGGUGGGCAUCUAGAUGGGACUAUAUUCUGGAAUCUAUGCCUCAUACCCACAUUCAGUGGUUUAGCAUUAUGAAUUCCCUGGUCAUUGUCCUUUUCUUGUCUGGAAUGGUCGCUAUGAUUAUGCUACGGACGCUGCAUAAAGAUAUUGCCAGAUAUAAUCAGAUGGAUUCUACAGAGGAUGCCCAGGAAGAAUUUGGCUGGAAACUAGUUCAUGGUGAUAUAUUCCGUCCUCCAAGAAAAGGGAUGCUGUUAUCAGUCUUUCUAGGAUCAGGAACACAGAUUUUAAUUAUGACAUUUGUGACUCUGUUUUUUGCUUGCUUGGGAUUUUUGUCACCUGCCAACAGAGGAGCAUUGAUGACCUGUGCUGUGGUCCUGUGGGUGCUGUUGGGCACACCUGCUGGCUAUGUUGCUGCCAGAUUCUAUAAGUCCUUUGGAGGUGAGAAGUGGAAAACAAAUGUUUUAUUGACAUCUUUUCUUUGUCCUGGGAUUGUAUUUGCUGACUUCUUUAUAAUGAAUCUGAUUCUCUGGGGAGAAGGAUCUUCAGCAGCUAUUCCUUUUGGAACACUGGUUGCCAUAUUGGCCCUUUGGUUCUGCAUAUCUGUGCCUCUAACAUUUAUUGGUGCAUACUUUGGUUUUAAGAAGAAUCUCCAGUUACCGCCAGGAUCCCCGGCUCUCUGGCACUGUCCUGGCCAGCAACCUCCACCCCAGUUGGGUGUGCCGCCAGCUGUGUGUGUGAUUGCUGCCUUUCCCACCCCCCAAGCGACUUCACACGUCAUGUUACUCCAGGCCAUUGAACACCCUGUUCGAACCAAUCAGAUUCCACGUCAGAUUCCUGAACAGUCCUUCUACACAAAGCCAUUGCCUGGUAUUAUCAUGGGAGGAAUUUUGCCCUUUGGAUGCAUCUUUAUACAGCUUUUCUUCAUUUUGAAUAGUAUUUGGUCGCACCAGAUGUAUUAUAUGUUUGGCUUCUUAUUUUUGGUGUUUAUCAUUUUGGUUAUUACAUGUUCUGAAGCAACUAUACUUCUUUGCUAUUUCCACCUAUGUGCUGAGGAUUAUCAUUGGCAAUGGCGUUCAUUCCUUACUAGUGGCUUUACUGCAGUUUAUUUCUUAAUAUAUGCAGUACACUACUUCUUUUCAAAACUGCAAAUCACAGGAACAGCAAGUACAAUUCUGUACUUUGGUUAUACCAUGAUAAUGGUUUUGAUCUUCUUUCUUUUUACAGGAACAAUUGGCUUCUUUGCAUGCUUUUGGUUUGUUACCAAAAUUUACAGCGUGGUGAAGGUUGACUGAAGAAGCCAAGUGUGUCCAGUUAAAACAAAUAAAUUCUUCAUUAACAAAGAUCUUUUUUUUGUGACUACCUUGAGUUUUAUCAGCAUUGGCCUAGUAAUCCUUCAGAAACAACAUAAUUCUAAAUACACCUCUUUCCAUAUACUUGUCCCCACAAAAUGUGUUUUCAACACCAAAACAUCUGUAUUGUGAUUUUAUUAAGUAUAUAUUGAGUUGUUCUCAGUGAAGAGCAAAUUUAAAUAUUAUGUGUAUUUGUAAAUACAAUAGCUAUAAAAUUUGGAAUACUUCUAAUGGCAGUAAUAGAGGAGGCCAUAUUAAACAAUAUUGAUGAAAUGUCAGACAGUUCAUUGUAAAUAGGAUUUUCUAGGCUCAGUAGGUGGGAAGAAUUAUUUUUCUUUGAAGGAAAUAACUUUUUAUCAUGGUAAUUUUGAAGGAUGAUUCAUAUGAUGUGUUUAUUGGGGGGAGGCAUUUUUUAAAAAUCCUGUAUUGGUUGUAAUUGUUCAUACUUCUUUUCUGUGUUGACUUCAUUAUUCCCAUGGUAUUGGCCUUUUAAACUAUGUGCCUCUGAGUCUUUCAAUUUAUAAAUUUUGUUAUCUUAAUAAAUAUUGUAAAAACA